AUGAGUAGGUUUGUGACCAGUGUAUCCGACCUUGUUAAGGAAGAGUGUCAUACGGCAGUGCUCCAUGGUGACAUUAACAUUUCUAAGCUUAUUGUGUAUGCUCAAUCAAUUGAGGAGUCUAAACUUAAGAGGAUGAAUAAAGACUUGAAGAGGGGUAGAUCCGAUGAGCAAAGUCAACCUAGGUCCAAAAAGAGGUGUGCCAAGUAUGGGAAGCAACUUUUGGGUAAGUACCUUGCCGGCACGUAUGGGUGCUUUGGGUAUGGAAAGAAGGGUCAUAAUAUGAAGGAUUUCCCAACACUCUCGGCACAAGGAAGUGAGACCAAACAAGCUUCUCUUGAUGGUCCGGAUCCUAAUGCUCCAAAGAAGAAUCGUUUCUAUGUGCUUCAAGCUAACAAGGACAAAGGAGCUAAUCCAGAUGAAGGCACCGGUAAGUGA